CCCUUAUGUCUAUUGUUACAGGAGACAUCGAGGACUGCAUAGUGACGCCUGCGUACCAAGGCCAGUUCACUCCACUGCCAGAAGCUCUGUGUGACUGCAUCAUGGACCUGACGUCACAGGGACAAUCAGCAACGUUGGAAAGUAUACGAACAUCGCUAUCAGCAAAGUUCCCAUCGAUGCAAACACCAUCACAGGAGGUUGUGUACGAUACGCUGGCUCAGCUGAUGCAGGAGAGGAAAAUAUACCAAACAUCGAGGGGCUUCUUUAUAGUCACGCCUGAACGCCGUCGCUCCCGAUCCAGAUCAUCUUCUCGUCACCACGCAAACAGCAUCGAGGAUGACUGUCCUUCACCCCGUACUAUACUGAUGUCGGACCAAGAGGCAUUACACCAACUUUAUGGAGAAAUCACGACCCUGCGAGAUGGAGCGGUGACGCACCAAUGUGUGCAGACCAACCUGGCUGAUGUCAUCUGUGGUGGCAAUCCCAACGACAAAAUCCUGUACGGUCGUCCAAACAAGAGACGGAGUGCGUCAUUCCCUGCUCCUCGGUCCUUAGACCGGCGGAACUCGUUGCGGAUCUUCGGCUCCUCCAGCAAGUACCUGCAGAGGUGUGCCUCAACCAGAAGCCUUCAUCACAAGAACGCCAACACCACCGACAGCUCGUCGUCCACCGAUUACCCGCCGAGCGUCGAAUCUGCGUCACCUAAGAAAGUGUCCCUGCUGUCCCGCUUAUUCAGACGAAGCGGCCGCAGCAAGCAGACGCGCGCGAUGAGCACCUUCUCUGCGCAGUUCCCGCCUACGGAGUGGUUCAACUCCAAGGCGGUGCACCUACACUGCGUCGCCACACAGACCAACUCAAAGGAGUCAUUGCAGAGUCAAACAUCUUUCGUCUCAUCAUACUACGACGGUUCAGAGAUCAGUAAUCGGUCGUCGACACUGCCAAGGCGGCACAAGCGCCACCUCUCCACGGAGUCGGGACUGGCGGGCUCUCACUACGAUCACUCGCCCGUCAGGCACUCCAGCCCCAGCUCUGGCAGCUUACCACGCUCCACUCUAAGUAGGAGUUCCACCAAUAAAACCAUCCUCGAUCACUUCGGAUCACCACAAAGAAAUAGCGAUCCCAAACUAAGAGACAGUCCAAGCGGAAGCCUCAGGAGGGUGGAUUACUCCAAUUCAGACCACAUCAUGUCAACUAGUGGUCCUUCCAGUUUAGAAAGUACUACCACACACCCACAACGCACACCAAGAAAGGACGUUAAAAACGGUCAGUUAGACCAAAACUCUCCAAUGAAACGGGGCUACAACACUAGCGGGAGUAGCGGCCAUUCCAGUUUAGAGUCCCACAUUUCUGACCGCACGUUAAAGCCUUCGCCUAGUCAUAGCAACGCACACGGAGCCCCCGGCCUUAGCAGAGCACAGUCACUCGUCAAAGUACAGAGCUUACAGAGUUCGCCAAAGAGCCUGCACAAAUUCAGAACAAAACCACCCAUGGUCGGUGGUGAAACGGUAAAAAACGGUAACACAUCACCCAAAAGUUCGCCAAAAAACUGUCCAAGCACACCCAAAAAAACCGCAACCCCGCUGCAUAAAACCUUGGGGACUAAGGUAGAAAACCCGUCAACGACGAUGUUGGCCAGCUCUAAUUCUAACAACUCUAUCACGCUAAAAGUUACCACAAAUACUAUCUCUCAGAACGGUGGUGGUACUAACACCAAAGUUUAUGUACAAAAUUCGCCAGUAAGGUCCGUUAUUACUUUUGAGAAUGGCAAAGUCACCGAGACUUCAAACGGGAGCAAUAUUUACAUCAUCAACGACGAUAGGCAGGUCGUUUCCGUGUCACAGAACGGAGUGCAAAAUAAAACUGCAAAAAACCCGACUGAAACCUCAUUUGAUGUUUGUGUUGAAAAGAAUAAACAGAUGUAUCAGCAAGAGGAACCGAUUAAAGUUCAAGAAAAUAAGUUCAAUAAGAAUUCAAUUAACGACGCGGGUAUGAACAAUAAUCGUAAGCUAUCGUUGCAAAUUGGUGGUGCGACUAACAACAAUAGUUUUGUGUACAAAAAUCAAUUAAAUAAUACGAACGAAGUUGCAUCCAAUCCUGCUUCUCCAGCCAUUCAUAAUAAUAUAAAUAAUUUGGAAACUACUGCAAAUAGUAUUCCUUCGACGCCAACUAAAAGUUACGAUAACAUUAUAGGAUCGUUGGGAAGUUUGAGGUACCAGAAGAACUCGUUGUCUUCAGCCAACAGCGGGAUACAACCGAAUAUAAAUUCAAAUAGCGAGCUGAAAAGCGUCGACUUGCUAAAAAAGGCAGCAGCGUUACAAAUGCUGAACGGACUCCCUAAUGUAAAUAACAGGGUAAGCUCGGAUUCCAUAGCGAAUAUGCUUACGAAAGCUAUCGACCAGAAACCGACAGUGCUGGGGUCCGAGCCGAACUUAGCACUGAAGAACCAAGAGCCUAUAAAGGACAUAAACACGUCACUAGAGAAAUUGAAUUGCUUGGAAAACAAACAGAAGAGGUACAGCCUGAGCCAAGAGAGCAAGAAGGAAAACCAGGAUUUCUAUAAUUUUCCGAGUUUAAGCGAUUUGAGCUUUAAUUUCACUAGUUUAGCAGCGCAAAAGAUAUUGAAAGGCGUCAGUAUCAAUAGCGUCGACACGCUUGUCGAGUUGAACAUGGCUGCCAACAACUCGGAGAAGCAGAACAAUCGUGAUGUCGCCGCUGUGUGCACAGACUUUGGCCUUGUAUAG